AUGCCUGCACUAUGUAUGUCCUUGCUUCGACUGUUCAGGCGGCCAGCAGGCAAGGGCUUCACUUACAUACAUACAGCCGCGGCCGCGGCCUUAUCAUACGGCUAUCUAGCAAUGGGUGACCAGUCCACGUCUCGUCAUGUGUCGCUCUCACGACCACUGCCGUCAUCGCCACCACCCCCUCCCCCACCACCCUUCAACAACAUCGCCAUCGGGAAGACCGUAUACGGGUCAACCCAGUUUUCCAGCCAAUACGCUCCUGUCAAUGCCAUUGAUGGAAUCAUUCCCCCAGCAGGCAGCAACAGCAGCACCUUCAUCAGCGGCAUCGGUAAAGGCGAAUGGCUAGUGAUCGACUUUGGUGAAGCGAUGACCAUCUCCAGUAUAGCUCUAUACCACCGCAGAGACUGCUGCGGCCAUGAGGUGGUGAAUGCUGAGUUCAGCCUUGGAGGUGUCGCCAUUAUCCCAUCGGAUCCGACCAACUACUUUUAUAAUUACCGUCUCGAUAAUGCAUCAUCCGGACCUGGCACGACUGGCGGCGUAAUCCUCCUUAACCUCAACCCGCCUAGGACCGGUCGCACUCUUUUGGUUCGGAACCACAAUUUCAACCUAACCCCUAUAGCGAUUGCGGAGCUUCAGGUUUACGGCAUGCCUGCAGCUUGCACGCUCCAGGUUCUGUACGGCGCUGGGUACGGUUUCGACUCCUCCACGCUGUCCACCAGUGACCAGCCCGACGAAGCGGCCUGCUGUCAGGCCUGCUACAGCAGCCCCACCUGCCGCUACUGGGACUAUGUUCGCAGUAGCCGUGUGUGCCGCCUCAAGACCGACCAAGGGCAGUCAGGGCAGCUCAUCCCUGGAUUCUUCUACCCACAUCAAGACCGGGUAGCGGGCGCGAAGAGGGGUAUGUGCAUAUGUAUGUACGUGUGGCGGUUAAUCUAG